AUGUACAGUCUGUUGAAGGCAGAACACAGGACAGUGGAGCGUCUUCUGUGGCCCCUCCACAGCACCGCCUCCCCCCCCCACAGCCUGCAGCACGAGUGCCUCCCCCCCACAGCCUGCUCCCCCCCACAGCAGCAGCCGCCCCUGCCCUCCCCCCACAGCCCUAGCAGCCAGCCUGCCUCCCCCCCCACGCGCGCUGCAGCACGCCUGCCUCCCCCCCACAGCACGCCUGCCUCCCCCCCCACAGCCUGCAGCACGCCUCCCCCCCCCACAGCUGCCUCCCCCCCCACAGCCUGCCUCCCACCCCACAGCCUUCCUCCCCCCACAGCCUGCCCCCCCCCAAAGCCUGCAGCACGCCUGCCUCCCCCCCACAGCCUGCCCCCCCCACACAGCAUGCAGCACGCCUGCCUCCCCACAGCCUGCAGCACGCCUGCCUCCUCCCCCCCACAGCCCUGCCCCUCCCCCCACAGCCUGCAGCACGCCUGCCUCCCCCCCACAGCGCAACCGCCUGCUCCCCCCACAGCCUGCAGCACGCCUGCCUCCCCCCCACAGCCCCCCUGCCUCCCCCCCCCCACACGCCUGCAGCACGCCUGCGCCUGCAGCAACCUGCCUCCCCCCCCCACAGCCUGCAGCACGCCCCUGCCUCCCCCCCACAGCCUGCCUCCCCCCCACAGCCUGCCUCCCCCCCACAGCCUCACUGCCUCCCCCACAGCCUGCAGCACGCCCUGCCUCCCCCCACAGCCUGCCUCCCCCCCACAGCCUGCCUCCCCCCCCACAGCCCUGCAGCACGCCGCCUCCCCCCACAGCCUGCAGCACGCCUGCCCUCCCCCCACAGCCUGCCUCCCCCCCACAGCCUGCCUCCCCCCCACAGCCUGCAGCACGCCUGCCUCCCCCCCACAGCCUGCAGCACGCCUGCCUCCCCCCCCACGGCCUGCAGCACACCUGCCUCCCCCCCACAGCCUGCAGCACGCCUGCCUCCCCCCCACGGCCUGCAGCACACCUGCCUCCCCCCCACAGCCUGCAGCACGCCUGCCUCCCCCCCACAGCCUGCCUCCCACCCACAGCCUGCCUCCCCCCCACAGCCUGCCUCCCACCCACAGCCUGCAGCACGCCUGCCUCCCCCCCCACAGCCUGCCUCCCCCGACAGCCUGCCUCCCCCCCACAGCCUGCUUCCCCCCCACAGCCUGCCUCCCACCCACAGCCUGCCUCCCCCCACAGCCUGCCUCCCCCCCACAGCCUGCAGCACGCCUGCCUCCCCCCCACAGCCUGCAGCACGCCUGCCUCCCCCCCACGGCCUGCAGCACACCUGCCUCCCCCCCACAGCCUGCAGCACGCCUGCCUCCCCCCCACGGCCUGCAGCACACCUGCCUCCCCCCCACAGCCUGCAGCACGCCUGCCUCCCCCCCACAGCCUGCCUCCCACCCACAGCCUGCCUCCCCCCCACAGCCUGCCUCCCACCCACAGCCUGCAGCACGCCUGCCUCCCCCCCACAGCCUGCCUCCCCCCGACAGCCUGCCUCCCCCCCACAGCCUGCCUCCCCCCCACAGCCUGCCUCCCACCUACAGCCUGCCUCCCCCCACAGCCUGCAGCACGCCUGCCUCCCCCCACAGCCUGCAGCACGCCUGCCUCCCCCCCACAGCCUGCCUCCCCCCCACAGCCUGCCUCCCCCCCACAGCCUGCCCUAGCUGUGUAUCUCUGUGUAUCUCUCUGCGUAUCUCUGUGUAUCUCUGUGAGUCCAACCCUAGCUGCGUAUCUCUGUGCAUCUCUGUGUAUCUCUGUGAGUCUAACCCCAGCUGUGUAUCUCUGUGUAUCUCUUCCAACCCUAGCUGUGUAUCUCUGUGUAUCUCUGUGUAUCUCUGUGAGUCCAACCCUAGCUGCGUAUCUCUGUGUAUCUCUUCUAACCCUAGCUGCGUAUCUCUGUGUAUCUCUUCUAACCCUAGCUGCGUAUCUCUGUGUAUCUCUGAAGUGAAUCUGAGAUGA